UUGACCACGGAGAUUCCAUCGUCGUCUCGAACGCCUUUGGGUUCUGUAACCAUGGAAGACAGCAGCCAUGGUUUCAAUGGAAGUAGGUCUGUCAUGACCAAAGACAACCUUAAAUUACUUGAUUUAAGCACUGCUGACAACUUCUGUGAAAAUCGAGGAAGGGAAAGUGAGUAUGCGGCAUCUUUGGCCGACGAGUGUGAAGAAAGCUUGGAACAGACAAGAGGCAUGGUACGGGCUCGAACAAACCAUGUUCGCAAGCAAACAGUAAACAAUUCUAUGAAGAAGAAACCUCAAAGGAGACGCCGUGUAACGGCCAAUUUAGCUGCAACAAAGUACGAUGUCGUUAGAAAAGUUUGUCUUCAAUGUGGAAUGUAUCUUGCAAGGGAUGAUGACUCAAACAGUUUCCUCAUUUGGAGUGAUUCAUCAAUGCCAGUUGAAAAAAAUAUAGAACUAAAAUCAUUUCAGAAAAUCAACCAUUUUCCAAGUAUGGGUGAGAUUUGUGGGAAGGAUAACCUAGCUUGGAAUAUGGCAAAAAUGCAAAUUAAGAGCUCAUGCAGAGGAAUACAGUUUUGUUCUACAAACUUGGGUUCUCCCUGCCAAAUAUCCUUUAUCAACUAAUAUCUAUGGUCAGUGAGAUUUAUGCAGUUUGAUGUUUUGUAUAAUUUAAUACAUGUAGCUGUGAUGACUGCAAAAUCAGCAUUGUACUGUACUUCACCUUGAGUUUAGAAGCAAGCAUUGAUAGAAAUUUUGGAAUCAAUGCUCAUGGUCCAUCAGCUAACAGUAAACUGUAUCUCCAGGAACUGUAGCCAGGGACUGUGUUUGAUGUAGUACUGUAGUAUGUUAAAUAAAUAUUGAAAAUUAUAAUAAUGCAAUGCUU